AUUGGCCCGUUCCCAGGCAGCGCCACACCUCCCGUCAGCCCCGCGCUACGGUGGCCGGACAGGCUCAGGAGGCGGGAAAGACGCGGCGAGGCGAUGGCUGCGGAGCGGGAGAUGCGGGACUUCACUCGCGGGCUCUUCCAGGGCAGCCCGGACCUCAGCGUGCUGACGCUGGCCAUGGUGCGGAGGAAGUACCUGGCGCACGUGGGCCGCGGGAGCCUGGUGCGGGAGGAGAAGGAGCUGCUGAAGCAGCUGGUGGAGAAGGAGCUGCUGAGAAUGCAGCUGGAUGAUUCCAGCUCCGACGCGGGGUCCCCGCACCCCGAGAACGCCCGGGACGUCCCUGAAGCCGGGGCUGAGAAGCGACCCCGCAGCGGCUCCAACUCGUCGGGGGGAGGCCCCAAGGACACGGCAAGAAAGAAACAGCGACUGGAUCAGGGUUCUGAGGCCAGUUCUGAUGGGGAGGAUUCUGGGAUUGAUUCGAGGAAGCCAAAACUGGCUGCUGCCCAGGGGGAUGCUGGGAAAUCCGGGCACACAGGAUCAUGGGAGGACAAGGGGGACUCUGGAGCAGAGGAGACACCCGAGCGGGGUGGCACUGGCAGAGAGAGCGACUCCGAGUGGGCAGCCGGGAGCGAGGGAAUGAAGCAGCCCCCGAGGAGAACAGAGGGCGCCAAGGCGCAGGACCGGCCGGGGAAGAAGCGAGCGAGAGAGGCAGAGCGGAGGGGUGACUGUGGGGAGCAGGAGGGGAAAGCGAACGGGGGGAUCACAGCUCAGAGGGAGGAGGAAUCGGGGAGCGAAUCAGCAGUGGAGGAGGAGGAGUGUAAGCGGCAGAAGCAGACAGGGAAGACGGGAACGAGGAAGGCCAAGCGGAGGAGUGAUAGCGAGGAGGAGGGGGACAGCAAGAAGAAGGGGCGGAUGAAGGCUUGGGGGAAGGAAGUGGGGAGCGACUCCGAGGUGGAAGAGAAGGAGUGUCAGAGUAGAAAAGGGGCAGGGAAGAAGGGAACAAGGAAGGCAGGGAGAUGGAGUGAUAGUGAGGAGGAAGAGAAAAAGGAGAAGAUAACAAAGUCUCAGAGAGAGGAGGAGUCAGGGAGUGAGGAGGAGAGUAGGGGCCGGAAGCCGGCAGGGAAGAGGGGAGCAAAGAAGGCCGAGCGGAGGAGCGAUAGCGAGGCUGAGGAAGUGGGGAGCAGGAAGAGGGGCAGGGUGAAGGCUCAGAAGGGGGAGGAAUCGGGGAGUGAGGAAGAGGAGGGUAGGAGCCAGAAGUCAUCAGGGAAGAAGAGAACGAAGAAGGCCGAGUGGAGGAGCAAUAGCGAGGCUGAGGAAGUGGGGAGCAGGAAGAGGGGCAGGGUGAAGGCUCAGAAGGGGGAGGAAUCGGGGAGCGAGGAAGAGGAGGGAGGGAAGGGAAGGGGGAAGGCCGAGCGGGGCAGCGAGAGCGAGGAAGAGGAGCGUAAGCCGAGGCUGAAGGCUGAGGAGGAGGGGAAGGCGAGGCAGAGGGGCAGCUCCGAGACAGACGAAGACUCUUCCUCCUCCUCCUCCUCCGCGCAGGAUGAGAACAACAGCCCCAACCCAGGCUCCCGGCGCAAGAAGGGAAAGGCGCCGGGCCCGGCGGAGGAGCACCCGGCGGUACGGCGGCUGAAGCGCUGCAUCCUGGCCUGUGGCGUGCGGCGGAACUACGGGAAGCUGCUGGCCGGGUGUCGCUCCGUCAAGCAGCGGGUCGGGGUCCUGCGCCGGGAGCUGGAGGCCAUUGGGCUGCAGGGGAACCCCUCUCUGGAGCGGUGCCGGGCGCUGCGGCUGCACCGGGAGGAGGCAGCCGAGUUGGCAGCACUGGACGUGGGGAACAUCAUCGUCUCUGACGGCCGCCCCCGGCGCCGCAACAUCUGGAGUCUGUACAGCACCCCCCCCGGCCGUCCCCCCAGCUGCCCCCCCAGACGCCGACGGGGGCCCCCCAUCCCGGUGCCCACUGACUGGUCCAGCCUCCGCGGCGUGAUCAGCAGUGACGGGGAGAGCGACUGA